AUGAAGCUGAACAUCCUCGCCCUCUCUGCUCUGCUGGCCCUCGCUGCCGCUGAGACAACCACCACCGCAGCUGAGACUACCACAACCUUGACUCCGGAGGCCCAGUGCGCGAAGAGCUGUGCCGCUAAGGACAUCUGCUGUACCGCCAAGUGCUACAAGGUUCCCUGCCCCGACAAGACCCAGGUCAACGACACCAACAGCUGUGUCGCCGCCUGCCCUCAGGGUACCGGCACUGCUGCCGAUACCAAGAAGUACACCGACUGCCAGCAGGCCUGCUUCAGCUCCCACUACUUCCCCAUUGACGGCACCUCUGCCACUGACUCCUCCGGCUCUGGAACCACUGCCUCUGGCAGCUCGGCCACCGAGACUGGCUCUAGCUCCUCCAGCACCGAGACUGGUUCCAAUGCUUCCGGCACCGCUAGCGGCUCCGCCAGUGGCACCACCGAGACUGGCUCUGCCCACACUAGCAACGCCGCCAACGCCAAUGUCAAGCUAGGCGCCUCCAGCGCCGGCCUCUUCGGCCUUGUCCUCGCUGCCUUCGCUCUCUAA